ACCGAUGCCAUCCUCUUAAUCCCUAUCUUUUAUUUGCGAUCCUUUUUCACCACCAUCGCGCGCCGUCUAAGAUCAAACCCUAGCUCUCCAUUUCUUAUCGGCGUUCAAUUCACCGUUCUUCUUUCUCACCGUUCUCGGAGGAUGUAAUUGCCGAUAUUCACUAGCCGUCUGCUAAAAUCGCUGUCGUCCGCUCAGGCUUAUGCAAUGAUCCUGAAAGAAGAGAGGAAGCUAUUGCUUCGGAUCCAGCCAUCCAGGAGGGGAGCGAGGAGAUCGAGAGGCUGAGGGGGAGAGUGCAGGAACUGGAGAAUUCAGAGGUUAAGUUGAAGGAGUGCUUGGAGGCCGGAGAUGAAUAAGGAUAUGGGCGAGCGAGAUUAGAUGUUGAGCUUGAUGGGUUCUACUGCUAUUUCUUCUUGUGAGAUUGAGGGUGGAAUUGGGAAGGUUGGUGUUUCGGAUUCGGAGAGAAUAGAUUUCAGGUUUGGGGCCGAAGAGUUUUUCUUGAGGAGUGCGAAUAGUAUGGAAGAAGUUCAUAGUGCUUAUGGGGGGCCAAAGCUAUUCAGUUCUGCUUCCAACUUCUGGCCUGAAAGAGCUAGUCCUUGGCAGAGUAGAAUCGAAGGUCAAUUCCAGUGCAACUAUCGUUCAUCGCAGAAGUGGCAGGUCUGAUUUGUGAGCUUAGGCUUAUGCAACCCUCCUGAGUGAUCGUGGAGGGCGGGAAGUUAGUUUACAAGGAGAGUGGCUCUCUUCUGACCACAGAAGAAGGGUCAAAAUGGAUAUUUGUGCUCAGCACUGCAAGGGCUCUUUAUGUGGGGAAGAAAAAGAAGGGUGUUUUUCAGCACUCCAGUUUUCUCUCUGGACUGCCACUUCUGUUGCUGGUAGACUUGUUGCUCAUGCUGGGAUUCUUCAGGCAAUUUGGCCAUACAGCGGGCAUUAUUUGCCGACAGAAGACAACUUCAAGGAAUUCAUCACAUUUCUUGAGGAGCACAAAGUUGAUUUGACCAAUGUCAAGAGGUGCUCUAUAGAUGAUGAUGGUGGGCUAUCAUCCGUCAUCGGCUCCGCCUUCACGGCGUUGAAGAAGGAGAUGACCCGCUGCUAUGAGACUUGACCCGCUGCUAUGACUAAACUGGGGGCUGCUGCUUCUACGGCUGUGUUUGCUGCUACUAUGUCUGUGUUUGUAUUUUGAACCCUUUUCAACAGGUUUUGAGUUGGUACUAAUUAUUAUUUUAUUGAUGUAAUUAUAUGUAGUCUAGGUUUGAACUUGUCUUUUAUACACGUAACCAUUAUUAUGGUUAAACAUUUGACAUUGAUGUAUUUGUUUGAUUACGGGUAAUAAUAAUAAUUUACAUGUUAUCCU